UUCAGGGGACACCUUAGACUUAUAUUACAUCUUUUAAAAAGAUGUUCUACGGCACCUUUAACAACUGACCAUGUAUUUACAAUUCAAUAGAUAAAGUUUCUCAGUGUCAUUGUUCAUAUUUAAAUUAUCUUCCAGAGUACUGCUGAAGUAACACGUAGGCGGUGUUAUCACGUGAUAUCCCUUCCUCUUAUCAGCGCUGUUCAGGAUGGUUUCAUUAGGACUCAUUUUAUAGCAAUUUCAGUGAAAGAUUUUCAUUUGUAUGUCAGGUUCCAAUCUAUGAAAUUGCCAUUUUUUUUAAAAAUAUUAUACUUUAAAGUAAACAAAAGUACUCAUAUAAGACAAAAAUAUCCUGAUGUUUGAACGCGACUGAAUGGCGGAUUCGGCGCUCUGAGCCGUCGAGCGCCCCCUGAAGAAAGAUAUCUGUAGUGUCGUAGUAAACAUGUAUUGUCCAGCCCAAUUUAAAGCGAACUGAAUGGGGUUUUCGUUUGAAUACCCGCCCACUGAAGCGCGACACACAUUCUGCACGUUCCACAUGCGCUACAGGUGCGCUGCGCUCUGAUCCUCUCGCGCUCAUGGACCGAUUAUAAGAGCAGAUCAGAGCCCACCGACAGCCCCUGUCUACUGCAUGUGGCAUCAUUUAUCCGUCUUUUGAAGGACGAGGCUGUGUUAGAUAUCACUUUAAAAAAACUUUAGCUGAUUUGAAUGCACCAAGCUCAGGAUAAAAUGCCAUUUCUUCAGCUUGCACUGGACUCGCAGUUGGAGACUUUGGCUGUCAAGCAGGUAGUGCCAGCUCUGUUGGACCGAGGCUUCUUUUACGUGGAUAAUUUUCUGGGGGACAUCGCGGGACAUAUGGUUUUGGGUCAGGUCAAACGCAUGCAUUACUGUGGGAUUCUCAACGACGGGCAGCUGGCCAGGCGAAGCAGUGGAGUUUGCAGGACAAACAUCAGAGGGGAUAAAAUAACAUGGGUUAACGGGACCGAGAGGGGCACGGAGGCUAUCAAUUUCUUAUUAACACUCAUAGACAAACUCAUUUCUCUGUGUGUGGGUCAACUGGGCAAAAGCAUUCAUGCAAGGUCAAAGGCAAUGGUGGCUUGUUAUCCAGGAAAUGGAGCAGGAUACGUGAAACAUGUAGAUAACCCUAAUGCAGAUGGCCGCUGCGUCACCUGUAUUUACUAUCUAAAUAAAAACUGGAAUGCCAAGGAGCAUGGGGGAUUGCUAAGGAUCUUUCCUGAAGGGAAAUCUUACGUAGCUGACAUCGAGCCUUUGUUUGAUCGACUUCUGCUUUUCUGGUCAGAUCGUAGGAACCCUCAUGAAGUUCAACCGUCAUAUGCUACAAGGUAUGCAAUCACUGUGUGGUACUUUGAUUCAGAGGAAAGAGCUGAAGCAAAAAGAAAAUUUAGAGAUCUGACAGCCACCUCACAGAAAGAUUCAUCAUCUUAACGUAUAAAUACACUGGCCUGUCUCCUCUGGGAGGAUUUCUUGCGUCUAUCAUCUUAUUUCUUAGCUUUUUUUUUUUUUUUCCUAUUUUUGAAUUGCUUAUUGUACUAAUGGUACCUCUCCCUCCAAUUUGUAUAUGUGAUUUACUUUGUUUGAAUCUGGUCCUUACAAUCGGUGAAGAGACUAUUGAAUAACACGCUGCUAAUGUAAAGACAAUUUUGUGAAAAAAAAAAAAAAAAGUGAUAAUCUUAAUAUCGAUUAAUGUACUAUUAGAUGUUUAUUUUAAUUAAAUUGUUCUUUAAAAAACCUUUUGAAAGCUAUUUAAAAAAAAAAAACAACAAAUUAAUAGAUGAGAUAAGAAAUAUAACACUAGUUGUUGUUUGUUUUAGAAAUGGCAACAAGCAUUAUAAAUGUUUCUUUUCAUGCUUGUCCCUUUUUAUAUGCUGUUAUUUGCUGUUAUGUUUUUGGCACAUAUUUUAUUGUUCUUUGCUUAAUGAGCACCUCAACAGAAAGAGAAUUUGAAACUUGUUAUUUGUCUUGAAGUUGUGUAUGUACAGAUGCUUUAUUGCUUUUGAAUGACAGUUUGAUGUUGAAUGAGACUUUUAAAUUAGAGAUGUUUAUAAAAGUCAUUCUGUGUUCACAAAAAGGUUUUUUGAAAAGCACUUGGUCAUGAUAUUUUUGUCCAAUCCUAGUGUGGCUUAGUGUUUGAGAGAAUUUAAUCAGCUUGCAUGCAGGUCAGCAAUGCUGCUCAGCCACAUCCUUGGAUCAAUAUUUGACCGUUGUUUAAUAAAAUUUACAGCUUUAUAAAAUGUUUCUUUAAUAAAAGUUGUUCUGGAAAAUAAA